CGCUUUCGCGUGAAGCGCGGGUAAAGCUGCGUCCGGGCCCCGGCCGCGGCCGCUCGCUCGAAAAUACCUCGGAAGUAAAGUUAAAGCGGCGUUCUGCGCCGUCCGAAGUGAGUUUACGGACUCUCCGGAGUGAUUAUGCGAGCCCGACUCCGCUGGCUGUUCCCAAAGUGAGAAGCUCCGCCCCUAUGUUUACAUGACGUCAUCAGACCGGGCCCCCUCGGUCACCAAGCUCAAGCGCUCCUCAGGGCAGGCAAGAUGAAGGUGAUCCAGCAUUCCUCUGAAACCCUCCGCACGGCGCUGGUCUCCAGCUCCCCGGACUUGGUUGACCUCUACAACAAAUACACAAAAGAGGAGAAGCGUCUCCUGGGGGAGGGGCUCCGCCCCGGCCAGCCGGGCUCCCUCUUCCAGCCCAUCACCUUGCUCUCGGACUCGGACUGGAUCUCCGCUCACCCCGAGGAGCCGCAAGACUUCCAGAGCUUCUACAGAGACCCGCACCGCAAAAUCCCCUCAGCGACACACAGAACCAUUUAUCUUCAAACCAUCGGUUCCUUUGGGGACUCCGGGGUCGAGGCAGACCUGUAUGUGGACUGGCUCAGGGACUUCUGUCAGGCCUUCUACCACGGGCUUCCUGUCCAACUGCUGCCGCCUGUCUCUGUGUCUGAAACCCGCUGCUCCUUCAGGAUCAACAGUAGCUCUCACAACCUUCAGAUCCUCACUGGUGACCUGCUGCGGUUCUUGAAGAUGAGGAAACCAAAAGACGCUUUUUGUAUUGUUGGACUCACGAUGAUUGAUCUUUACCCCAAAGACUCCUGGAACUUCGUCUUUGGACAGGCGUCUCUCAGAGAGGGAAUGGGGGUCUUCAGCUUUGCCAGGUACGACGAUAACUUCUACAGCAGCAGCUACGCGGGGAGGCUGAGGACACGGCGUGCGCUCAAACCCAGGGACUACUCAGUGUUUGAAGGACAUUACACUCCCCCCAUCACCAGCACGCUGCUGCUGCGAUCCUGCAAGACCAUGACCCAUGAGCUGGGGCACAUCUUUGGAAUCACACACUGCCAGUGGAUGGACUGUGUCAUGCAGGGUUCCAACCACCUGGAGGAGUCUGACCGGAGGCCUUUGGAUUUCUGCCCCAUCUGUCUUCAUAAACUUCAAGUUUCUGUCGGCUUCAAAAUAGCUGAGCGAUACCAGGCCUUGCUGCGCUGGAUCGAGGACGAUCACGGUCAGACAUCUGCAUCUCGUUCUGCCAAACCCACUGAAGCCUUCCACUCAUACGGACUGUGGCUGCGCAGAUGUCUGGACGUCCUGGAGACACACUGACCGGUGAACCCGGGUACCAGAGGGGCGACACAUCGAGCCGUAUUGUUUUAACCCGGCGAGGUGACCAUCCAAUUUUGAAGACAACAUAUCCAUAUUUUUAUCACAAUAAAUACGCCAGAGGAUUUCUAGCAACUGUGAAAAGGGCUCAUCUCACCACACCUUGAAAACCCUGCGCUAAAGAAGUACAGAUGCAUUCAUUAACAGAGUUUUUAAUUGUUUAUUCCUGAUCAGCUACCAAUAAUUCAAUAAAAAGACAAAUUCA